CACGCGGCCGGAGGUGAGGACGUGGAGUACUCCCGGCGGGUGGCUAAGGGGCGGGGACAGCAGACAAGAGGCAAGGUGUGGGGACACCGACACCCGACUGGAGGCAAAGGAGGCGGAGAAACGGAUAGUUGAGGGGCCGGACAUUUUGCUGGAGGCCCUGGGGCCGGGACUCCGGGCGUGGGAGGCUUGGGGUCCUGGAGAGGAGGAGCCAACUGGUGCCUGCGUGAUUCACCUUCCUCAGCCAAUCUAGCUCGCCCUAACUCUGGGCCUGGGCGCUUGAGCCCCGGGGCGCGUCUCCCCACCCCUUGCGGACUUCGGACCUGGUCUCGGACUGACUGGCGCCGGAACUGGAGUGUUCACUGGACGUCAGCUCCGCGGGUCCGGGCCCCGUAAGGAUGCGCGCCCUGCCAGUCCUGGAUGCGCCCGCCAGCGCGCGGCCACCUGGCGGGAACCCCAAGGCAUCGGAGGGCCAUCUCAUGGCCAGGUCAGCCCGCAGAAGCGCAGUGGAGAGGCUGGCGGCAGACCGUGCCAAGUACGUUCGCAGCACUCCGGCAUCCGGCCGGGGUUCUGAUUCAGAGGUCAGCUGCCAGGAGGCGCCUGGGGGCCAGCACAGCAACCCGGUCCCUUCCACUCUAGCCCCUGCUCCUGUGGCACGGCGGGCUAUCGCACGAAAGCCUCUGAGACCGGACUCGCUGGUCAUCUACAGGCAGAAAUGCGAGUUCGUCCGAGGGCCGGGCGCAGACUGCGCCAGAGGAGGGCUGGUGAAGAAGCUCUUCCAGGGCCCAGGCAAGGAGAAGGUGCCAGCGGCCUCAGAGACGCCGGGGGUUCCAGGUGAACACAAGGCCACGGAGGCGGAGGCCGCUCCAACCAAGCCGGGCCAGAGGGCAGCCGCUUGCCCAGCUUCUCCCGUCCUUGCGGUGGAACCGAAACCCCCAGCCGGGCUCUUGGAGGUGGAUCCCAAAGUUCCGGUUGCGAGUACUGGUGUAGAGCUGAGAAAGUCCAGGCGAGGAGGACUGCAACGCUCUCAGUCAGAUCUCAGCUCCCGCUACUCUGUAGCCAGGGCUGAGGUUGACAGUUUCUUCCAUUUCUGCGGCCUGGACCCUGAAGUGGUAGAGGCUCUAGGGAGGGAGAACUUUUCCGCGGCUUCUGACCAUGUUGCACUCAAAGUGCGCAGUGUGAGCGUAGCCACUUCCGAUAGCGGCUUCUCUCACCAUAGCGAAGAUGGGCUGCAAGAAGAGGAACUUACGGAGCAGGUGCCCAGUACCACUUCUGUAGUGGAAAGGAACGCCCGCAUCAUAAAGUGGCUGUUCAACUGCAAGAAGGCCAAAGAGACCCCUAACCAGAGGUUGCAGGGACCUGCCUGACCUGAGCCAGGGAGACCUGAACUGAGGAAGUAAACUUUCCCGACAAUGAGGGGGACUCUUAAAUCGUUGGUGACUGGGACUCCAGGGCCAUGUGUGCAGUGCACUCCAGUGAUACAUAAUUGCUGCUUUCCUAGGAAUGAUGCAUUCUACUGACAAGGUUUACAGAAUUUCAGCAGGUGUGAAGCACCAUGGAGGAGAUGGAGGGCAAACUCAAACACUGCAGAUAGUAGAGGCUCCAAGAGACAGUCUCCUUGUAAGAGUGCAUCUCACAGGGCAGCUGAAGAAAGGAAAGCUAUUGGGAAAUAUUUUCAGGGCAUUUUUUCUGACUUUCUGACAGGUUAUGUGAUACAUUUUUCAAUAUGUAAACUGACUUUUUUAAAGAAAAGCAUGAAAUCAAGCAUGAAUUCGAUAGCAUUCUAUUUUCAAGUAAUAUAUGCCAUUUAAAGUUCUGUAAGCAAAAGAGGUAUUCUAUUUAAGUGCUAUCAUUAAGAGAUACUCAUAUGUACCUAACACUUAUACCAGUUUCCAAGCCUCACUACAAGUAAACUGCAGUUAUUCCCAUACUAUACAACUGAUAUUCUUUUGUAAUGAAUCAGCACGUUUAAAACCACUUGAGGACUACAAGAUCAUUUUGUUGAUGUUACUAACUGCUGGGCUGUAGGUAUGUGAAGUACCUAUUGAAAGAUUUGUGAGAAUUGAGUUCCUGCUAAGUGAACCCUGUCACUGUACCUGCACUGUUUCUCGAGACUGGGUCAGGAUUCUUUAAGUCCUUCUGUCAGUUCUAUAGCAGUUUUCCCAAUAGAACAUGCUCUAUACUGCCCUCAACUCACCUUCUGAAGAGGAUAGAACUGGUUCACACAGAAUGGGUCCAUAUGAGGAGGAACACUUCCCUGGCCUGAGGUCUGGUUCUAACUUCAUAUACCAUGGAAUUACCCAGAUUUGGUAUCAGUUCAUUCAUCUGCAAAGGAUGUGUUUUGAAGCAAGGACUGCCUCUGGAGUUUGAGAGGCUCUAGGUUCUGAGUAUGAGUAACAAGGUACUGGGAUCUUGGUUCUGAACUUGUCUGUGAUACCUACAGUAAAGAAAUUUCAGAUUUAGACACUUCCAAGAGAAAUUUUGUGUGGAUGACAACUUAAAAGUAUCAUCCAGUCAAUUCAUUCAAAGUUUACUAUAUGUUAUCAAAAUAUAUCUCUUUAAGCACAAAAUUAUAUGAGGGAAGAGUAUGGGAAGAGAUUUCUCAAUGAUAACAUAAAUAAAUCCUUCCAUUUUUGAAAUAUUUCCAUAUUAGUUUAAAAGUAUAUUGUUUGCAACUUUUAUUGUAAGAGUAGGUUUUUGAGUUAUGUACAUAUUUAUUUUUAUAGUUGUUAAUAAUCAAAUGAUUUUCCUUUAUUUUUACAUGGCUUUCUUUUUAUCAGUUCAGUUUUAGAUAAUUUUCUCACUUGUCUUUUUUUGUGUGUGUGCAUAGUGUUUAAUUGAAUCUUUUGUCUGGAAGUGGAGUGCUUGCCAUUUUGCCAAGUUCUCAGCCCUCUGAGGCUUGUUUUCAAAUUAGUCCUUGAUGACCGUACUUGGGGCUUUGUUGCCUGAAGGAUUUGCCUCUCAAGACUGCAGGUUUCCUGCUCUGGAAGUGUGCCCUGGUGCCACCCUGCCAGUGCUUCUGUUUGGUCUGUCACCAUAUUGUGCUUAAUUUAAAAAGAUGUCAAAGAUGAGAACAGUUUUUAAAGGAUCUUUAAUAUGUGCAAUUUAUUCUUUUCAGAUACCCCAUUAGGUUUAUUUGUGAAUGACUGAAGACUUUUAGGGGCUGGAGAAAUGACUCAGCAGUUAAGACCCUGUAAUGUUCUUGCAGAGAACUUGAACUUGGUUCCCAGCAUCCAUGUUUGGCAGCUCCCAACUGCCAGUAACUCCAACUCUAGGGGAUCUGACACCCUCUUCUGGUCCCAGAAGGAACUUGUACUCACAUGUACAUACCCCUUCCCAUAAUUAAAAUAAAAUAAAUCUUUAAAAAUUCUUUUGUGCUUUCCCAGGUCAAAACAGGUCAGACUCUCCAUUCUUAUAGAUAAUAAACAUUAAAACAAACCAACUGCCAUUUGCAGCUAUUAAGGUCUUUUAGAAUCAUGGAAGUACGGUGGAAGUGUACUAUGGGGAAAAGAAACAUUCAGGUGAAGUAAGUUUGGGAAGACAAUGUGGGAAGCAGGUAUGAAGAACUGGGUAGCAGGGCAUUAAGGAAUGUAAAUAAGCAAUAUAAUUCUCUUCAGAUCCCUGUCUCAGCUUCUUUCUGUAUGUAGUUAGGAGUGAUGUCUUUUUAUAAACCCAAAUUACCUCAGUUUGCUUGGUGACUGAAAAAAAAAUCCAUCAGUAUCUCUGUGUACAUGGGGUUUAUAUUUUAUUUCUAUAGGAUUAAGUAAACUCUAGAUUCUGAGUAUGGAUAACAAGGUACUAGGAUCCUUUUUAAUUGCUGCAAAGAAUAACAUAAAUAAUGUGAUUAGAAUGAAUAAAGACGAUUGUAAACCAAGAACAAUUGCUUGACUAUGACCUUUUUCACUGAUGUAUGAUAAUAGAUUAGCAGUGCCCAGACUGAAAGACAUUGAUGUGUCUGGAAAUGUCUUCAUUCUGUGUUUGAAUCUUUAUAUACAUGACUCUUUGGCAGUGGAAGAAAAGGAGGCUUCAGUGGACUCUGCUCUUUCCAGUGGUUCAGAGUUCAUCACACUGCUGUGUUUGGUGCUGCCAUAAAACACUAGGCCAGACAGUUAUUAUGGCAGUUUGUAAACAGAGUUUUUGUACACUACUUAUAUGUGGAGUGCAAUAUUUUAUGUUCUAUGUUAAAGAAAUAAAGUAUUCAUAUUAGUUGACCUUGACUUGUGACUUUGAACAGAGUAAACA